AUGCAAGAUGGACAAGGGUAUUUCAUCAUUGGACUGGACAUUCUCCUUCGACAAAUUACUGAGGCCUGUGUACCCUGUGCUAAAGUAUACCCCAAACACCUCAAACCCCAAGAGGGGGCCAGGAUCAGAGGGGCACGACCUGGCGUAAACUGGGAGGUUCGAAACACCCCCUCAGCCUUUGGCUUGAUGCCCUGUGAAAUCCUGUAUGGGGGGCCCCCACCCAUUGCCGAUCUGUUGGGUCCCAGCAUUGAUUCCUAUGCUACCUCCCCUGGCUUGCAGACGUGGCUACACACUUUGCAACUAGUCCAGGAGUAUGUCUGGAAGCCACUAGCAGCAGUCUGUCAGCCCCAGAACAUGGGAACUCCACACACCUUCCAGAUCGGGGACCAGGUCUACGUGAGGAGACAUCAGGUGAAAAGCCUCGAACCUCGCUGGAAAGGACCCUUCACCGUACUUUUAACAACUCCCACAGCGGUCAAGGUGGAUGGCAUAGCUGCCUGGGUGCACACCGCACACGUCAAGAGGGCAACUCCAGAGUCCCCAACGGAGGAUCAGACCCCAAGACAACCGCAAACGUGGAAAUUGCAACGCACACAAACCCCUUUGCUCGGCGCCGUCCUCGUCCAGAAGCCUGAUGAAAUGCCAGCUAGAGAGAAACACGCCGACCCUGAGGCACAUGUGGACUCACUCCAAUGCUGGGAAGAUUUUAGUCAGCAUAAAAAGAUUCACACAGUGCAGCAUGUUGUUGAAUACAGGGGGAAAGAGAAAUCCUUUCACAGGAAGAGGAUAUUAUUUCAAUGUGAGAAUCUUUGUAUCAGAGAUGGUUGCAACAAAUUAACUGUCCUUGUUGGAAAAACAACUCAGGCUGAAAAAAAAACUUUGCUUAAAAAUACAUAUUUCAGUAAGCAUCAACCAACAUACUCAGGAGAGAAAUUCCACAAAUAUUUGAACUGUGAGGAAUCUCUCAAUAACAAAUCAGAUCUUACAGGAAAUCAAUUACUUCACAAAGCAAAAAGUCAUUAUGGAUGUAUCCACUGUGGUAAAUCUUUCAGUUGUAAAUCUAGCCUUACCAUCCAUCACAGAAUUCAAAUAGGCGAAAAUCUCUAUGGGUGCAAUGAAUGUAGAAAAAUAAUUUCCAAGGAGCUAGAUCUCACUAGAAUUCACACAGGACAAAAGAUUUAUGAUUGCAGUGCAUAUGGAAGAACAUAUUGCAGGAAAUCCCACCUCAAAGCGCCUCAGAGAAUUAACACACAGAAUAAAUCUUAUGAAUUCAAUAAGUGUGGAAAAGCCUUUGACCCCAAAUCACACCUGAUAAUGCAUCAGAGAAUUCACACAGGGGAGAAGCCUUAUGAAUGCUAUGAGUGUGGAAAAGCCUUUUGCUCAAAAUCCAACCUCAUAAUUCAUCAGAGAAUUCAUACAGGGGAGAAGCCUUUUGAAUGUAAUGAGUGUGGAAAAGCCUUUGGAUAUAAAUCAUACCCCAUAGUGCAUCAGAGAAUUCACACAAGGGAGAAACCUCAUGCAUGUAAAGAGUGUGGAAAAGCAUUUUGCUCAAAAUCCAACCUCAUAAAUCAUCAGAGAAUUCACACAGGGGAGAAGCCUUUUGAAUGUAAUGAGUGUGGAAAAGCCUUUGGAUAUCAAUCAUACCUCAUAGUGCAUCAGAGAAUUCACACAAGGGAGAAACCUCAUGCAUGUAAAGAGUGUGGAAAAACUUUUGGCCAGAAGUCACACAUAAUGCAUCAGAGAAUUCACACAAGGGAGAAGCCUUAUGAAUGUAGUGAGUGUGGAAAAGCUUAUGGCCAGAAGUCACAACUCAUAAAUCAUCAGAGAAUUCACACAGGGGAGAAGCCUUAUGAAUGUAGUGAGUGUGGAAAAGCUUAUGGCCAGAAGUCACAACUCAUAAAUCAUCAGAGAAUUCACACAGGGGAGAAGCCUUUUGAAUGUAAUGAGUGUGGAAAAGCCUUUGGAUAUCAAUCAUACCUCAUAGUGCAUCGGAGAAUUCACACAAGGGAGAAACCUCAUGAAUGUAAUGAAUGUGGAAAAACUUUUGGCCAGAAGUCACACCUCAUAAUGCAUCAGAGAAUUCACACAGGGGAGAAGCCUCAUGAAUGUAAUGAGUGUGGAAAAGCAUUUUGCUCAAAAUUCAACCUCAUAAAUCAUCAGAGAAUUCAAGGGGAGCAGCCUUAUGAAUGUAAUGAGUGUGGAAAAGCAUUUUGCUCAAAAUCCAACCUCUUAAAGCAUCAGAGAAUUCACACAGGUGAGAAGCCUUAUGAAUGUAAUGAGUGUGGAAAAGCUUAUGGCUGUAAGUCACAACUCAUAGUGCAUCAGAAAAUUCACACAGGGGAGAAGCCUUAUGAAUGUAAUAAGUGUGGGAAAGCUUAUGGCUGUAAGUCACAACUCAUAGUGCAACAGAGAAUUCACACAAGAUCGAAAACUCAUAAAUGUAGUGAGUCUGGAAAAGUCUUUACCCAAAGGUCAGAACUCAUUACACACCAGGAAUUUACCCAAGGCAGAAACCUCAUGUAUGUUGUGAGUGUGGAAAAGCCUUUUUAUGGAGGUCAGCUCUCAUUGCACAUCAGCGAGUUCACAUGGGGAAGAAACCUUAGGAAUGCAGCGUGUGUGGAAAAGCCUUCAGUUCAAAGUCCAAUCCCUUAA